AUGCUUCGAUAUGUCAACCUACAGUGUAUCUCGCGCAAGGACAUCGAGAAGUUGCGGAAAUUGCCGAAUCGUCAAACGAAAAGUGGGUCCCCCCCAGUCUACCUUAGCGGUCAUAGCAUUAACACGACACAGUGCGACAAGCAAGUUCCCCAGUGUGGUCAAUGCAUUCGCACGGGCGAAACUUGUCCUGGAUACCGUGAUGAAUGGGAGCUAGUUUUCCGUGACCAGACAAGCCACACAAUCAAACGGUCUAGGAAAAGAACACAGAAGGAUAGAGCCGCUCCCGAGAUUAUUACGUUGACCACACCGACCCGUGGCCCGGAUCUGAAUCUCGACGAGCUAGGCGUAAACUAUUUUCUCCAAGACUUUGUUGCGGGUGGCCGCUACCCCUCACGUGGAUAUCUGACCUAUAUCCCAACUGCCUACUCUGCCGAUGCUGAGAACCCAACUCUCCUCGCCAGUAUGGCGGCUGUGGGCCUCGUGGCGCUAGCAGCUCGUCGACCUGAGCUUGUUCGUCACGCGCGUGCCAAAUACUCCGAGGCGAUCAAGUAUGUGAAUAAUGCAUUGGCAUCCCCUGUGGAGUCACUCAAAGAUAGUACCUUGAUGUCGGUAAUUUCGCUUGGAGUUUUCGAGCAUGUCUCAAACUUUGAGUCGUGGGUUCGACAUGUCAAAGGGGCUGCAACACUGGUGAUUGCCCGAGGUAAAUCUCAAUUUGCCAGUAGGCCUGCCAUCUUGAUGUUCAAUCAGGUACGCGCAGAUAUGACGACUGCCUGUAUACAAAGCGUUCAGCCGUUUCCAGAUGACAUGCAUGAGCUACAGGAAGAGGCGACCAAGUAUACUGACCCUUCUGAUGCAUUCUGGUUACUCGGAGUACUUGCUAGCCGAUGUGCGACUCUCUUUGCACAGGUCGCAGGGAAAAACAAAGGCGUCCAUUACUCUAAAUCUUGGUUUGACUUCCUAAAGGAAUCUAUUGCCAUUCAAGAUGACUUCGAACAUGUUCUUGAUAUCCUUGCUAGGCAGGAAUCGUACACAACCAUCCAGGAAGCGUGUGGGAGCGCAGGGUUCAUUUCUUAUAAUGGUCGAUAUAAUCUAUACAAGACAUCUUGGGCAAUAAGGCUUUGGAACAACUCGCGAAUGGUUGAAAUCAUCGUUUGCGAGAUUACAUGCUGGCUUAUGCCCAAGGUUCUUGCCGAUGAUCCGCUUUCUCCCGAUGUGCGUCAGAUGAAUCUUACAUCAAAGCUGCAGUACGCAACGGAUAUCAUGUCAAGAAGAGGAGAGGAGAUAUUGGCCAGUGUUCCACAGGGCUUAGGGCUUGUAAUGGUACCCGAUGCCGAUAAACCCCAACAGCCAAACGUCUCGGGCGGGUAUAUGCUAAUUUGGAACCUGUAUACGGUCGGAAAGUCUCCUACGAUUAGCCAUCAAACUCGCAAAUGGAUCGUCAAACAACUAAAGGGUAUCAGUGAGAGUGCAGGUAUCACAAUGGCGUUUCAGCUUGCCGAGGACCUAGUUAAAAUAGAAGAAAGUAUUAAUUGA